GUGUAGCACAACAUCGAUGAACCAUGUUGAAGGUUGUCGGAGCUUCGUGGUUGCAGACACGCUUCGCCACUUACAUACUCGUCGCCGUAGCUCUCCUCGGCAUCGGCGCCAUCAUCAUGGGCGAAUACGGACUAAUCGAAAAUGACGGAAUUUAUGCGGCCAGUGUGUCUUAUUACAAAGAAGGAUAUCACAUUGACUUUUGGGGCCAAGGCAACGACCUCACCAACGUGAGACUCGGUGCCGCUCGUGCUUACUACAAAACGGGCAUCUCCGAGUCCGGAUGGUCCGUCAUCGAAAUAGAAACGUCAUCCAAGUAUCCGGACAGCGUUCAAGCUUAUGCGGCCGGCUUGUUGGAGGGCAGUUUAACGUGGCAAUUGAUUCAUCGUCAUUGGUACAACACCGUGCACGCCGUUUGCGAGAGACGGGCCGGUGAAUGUCGAAAAUUGAUGCGAUUCCUUCGCGAAAACACCGCGAUCGUGCGCAAACGCGCCGAGAUCUUGGCAGUCACAGACUCAUUUUGGCAUAUGGUGCGGCUGUUUUACAUUCAACUGGACGGUCUGGAGGCGGGCUGGAGAUUUGCGGCUCGUCGCAGCCGACAGGAAGGCGUGGAUGAAAUGGACUCGGAGCACUUCCUCUGGCUGGCCAUGGCCAAUCUAAUGGAUCUUGAACAAAUAUCAACAAACAACGAUUUCCAUUCCCACUGCGAUCACACCAAAGGCAUGAUCAUCUUGAAAAGCUUGACCCGGGAAGGAUUGGAUCCGUUGAUAGCGAUUGGACACACCACUGCUGCGCCAUACGCUAAGAUGUUGAGAUUGCUGAAGAAAUACACCUUCGCUUAUCACACGUUGCCGAAGAAGGCGGCCCCGGUGCCGGGUCGAACGGUUGUAAUGUCAUCUUAUCCCGGCGCGCUUUCGUCCCAGGACGAAUUCUAUCUGAUCGUAAGAGAUAAUCGCGAGUUAAUCGUAGCCGGAACGGUAACGGCAGUUGCCGCCAAUCGCAGUCUGUGGAAUUCCACGAACGCGAAGGAUCAAGUGAUGUCACCCGUGAGAGUGAUGGCGGCGAAUCGUCUGGCGACGGACGGGCGCUCCUGGUCUCGCGACAUGUCUGCGCACAAUAUGACCGGUGCGAUGGCGCAGCAAUGGGUCACACUGGAGCCACGCGAAGGUUUUGUUCAUCUCGUUGAACGAUCCUUGUCGGGGACCAGUGCUCGCGCGAUAGACAUCACCGAGCGAUUCGCGAACAGCGGUGUCUUCUGGAUCACUGGAGAAGCUUGUUCGCGCGAGACCAACACACCGGGCGAAGCGAACGACGAGAAAGAGGAUGAGAACGUGACGAGAAGCGACUUGAUUGUCAGUCUGCAGAAAAACAUCACCACGGUGGAGCAAUUCGAGGAGCUGAUGGGAGGACACAGUGACGAGCAACCGAGCAUCGAGGACAAGGAUCAAGCGCAAAUUUUAACUUACAGAGGCGAUCUGAAAAAAUCAGCCUCUACGCCAUUCGGCGUGAUCGACGCGAAGAUCGUGCUGGCCGACGGCGAGGGUGUGGCGAGUUUCGAUGCCAUUUCCGGACCGAGCACGUCGGCGUCCAGAGAACCUUUCAGCUGGUCCAAGAGCUUUCCCAAUGUCUCGCACCUCGGCCAGCCCGAUGUCUUCGAUUUCGAUAGCGUCACUCCUCUGUGGGUUUGGAUCUGAGUAUCUUAUCUGAGCAUCUUCAAGAGCGCUUGAUUUUCGAUCGUAUAAAAUUAGAAUUUUUUUACAAAACCUAGAAAGAAAAAAGAUUGACAAAUUGACAACAAAAUACGCUAAUAAAUUUUUAUAAACUUUUUUAUAGAAUUUUUUAAACUCGAAAAAAAAACAAAGAGAAAAAAGUGGCUCGUAUGUUAAGCUUGUGUACGCAAUGUUUGAAGAAAAUAAAAACCAAACGUUAAGAAAACGUG